AUUUUUACUUUUUCUUUUCUCUCUUUGCCACUUUGUUCCUGUCAUUUUCUUUAUGCAAUGUUAGCUUCGUAAAUCUUGUUUUCUACUGAUUGGGAACAAAUUUAGUGAAAUAGAACUGCUGGGUUAUUAUCCUUAUCUGUCAAUGCUUUGUCUUUUGUUGUGAGAUUGGAGUAUAUGUCGACGUUUCAGUUUGAAUUUUGUGCAAUUAACUUAGAUUUUAUUACUUUCUAAUCUAGCUUUAAAACACAGUGUUCUUCUUCUUGUAACAAUAUUGAUUGAUUGCUAAUGGGGGCAUUUAGAAUUUGAAAAUGAUAGACCCCACUUGAAAUCACUUCUUUAGAAUGAAUUAGUAAUUGGAAAGUGCUUCGAAGUUGGUCCUUAGAGUUCACACCAUUUCUUUCUAAAGAUAUUGGAUUUAGACAGCCAUCUAGUCAUUAGAGGAGAGCUUUACCACACGCUUGAAGUUUUUGCACCCUGCUUAUCUUUUUGUACACAAAGCCUGAUAGUCUCUCUUGUAAUGCUUUUAUUUCUUUGGUUCUUCCUUUUCUCUCCUACUUCAAAAUACUACACAUCUUCGGUUGUUCUUCUCGUUUUAUAAAAUACCAAUUUUUUUAAUGUACUGCGUGUCUUGCUUCCCUGAUGCCUGCACUUUUUUUUUCCCACCUUGCUCUUAGGUUUUAUGUUCGAGGAUAUUCAGUAAUGGACCAUCUCUUUCUUUCCCAAAACUCCUUGGUUUUCUAUCUCCUUGUCUCUCUUGGUUUGUGAGAUUUGUGUAUAUAGAAAGAUUUGGAAUCUUCUCUGGCAUUGCCUCAAUAUGAUUUUUGAUUAUUGAGUAUGAGAUUCUCAAAAUCUUGUUUGUUUCUAGUGAUGUGAUAGGUUUCAGAAAGGCAUAGAGGCUUUUCCUUGUAAAAAAAAAUGAGAAACAGUUUGCCUCAAUUGCCUUCCUAUGAAUCUGCUAUGGAAGCACUUUCCUCCUUGAUAAGACAGAAAAGGCGUGGAGAAAUGGUUUCGGCAAUCUCUAAAGAGGAGAAAUUGGUGAAGAUGAGAAAGUACAUAGAGAUUCUAGGCGUAGGAGAAUGUGUAAAGAAACUCAAAAUUAUUCACGUGGCAGGAACUAAGGGGAAGGGUUCCACUUGCACCUUUUGUGAAGCAAUUUUACGAGAAUGUGGUCUUCGAACUGGACUCUUCACUUCCCCUCAUCUCAUUGAUGUGCGAGAAAGAUUUCGAAUAAAUGGAUUGGAUAUAUCAGAGGAUAAAUUUCUGCAGUACUUCUGGGCCUGCUGGACGCAAUUGAAGGAAAAUGUUACAGAGCAUCUGCCAAUGCCUGCACUAUUUCAGUUUCUAACACUGUUGGCUUUUAAAAUAUUCAUAGACGAAGAGGUUGAUGUUGCAAUUAUUGAAGUUGGUCUUGGGGGAACGUAUGAUUCAACAAAUGUGAUCGAAGAACCUAUUGUCUGUGGCAUCACUUCGCUUGGGAUGGACCACAUGGAGAUAUUAGGAGACUCGCUUGGGAUGAUUGCUUCACACAAGGCUGGAAUUCUCAAGCCUCAAGUUCCUGCAUUCACAGUACCACAGCUUCCGGAAGCAAUGGAUGUUAUCCAGAAGAAGGCACGUGAGCUUAUGGUCCCCUUAGAGGUAGCUGAACCACUUGACGUCAAAAAGCUGGAUGGAUUGAAGCUUGGCAUGUCUGGUGAUCACCAAUUUGUUAAUUCUGGUCUUGCUGUCUCCCUUUGUAAAUGUUGGCUUCAGAGGACUGGAAACUGGGAAAGGAUGUUCCUAAAUGGUUUCAAAGGAGCCAAAAUACCAGCUGCAUUUCUUAGAGGUCUUUCAACUGCCAAUCUUUCAGGGAGAGCUCAGAUAGUUUAUGAUUGUUAUACACCGUCUUUUCAUUCAACGACACAGUCUGACAACUCAAAUGGAGAUUUAGUAUUCUAUUUGGAUGGUGCUCAUAGUCCAGAAAGCAUGGAGGCUUGUGCUAGCUGGUUCUCUAGUGUUGUGAAGGGCAAUCAUAAGUCGUUAAAUUGUUUUAGGGCUAAAACUAUGGACAGAGAUUCAGGAAAUGAUGACCCUGUAGAAGUUCCGCAGGAAGCCGAGUCCACAAAGUUAUCAAAGCAGAUUCUCCUAUUCAAUUGCAUGGAAGUGAGAGACCCACAUAUAUUACUUCCACGACUAGUGAAUACAUGUGCUUCCUCAGGUGUUCAUUUUUCGAAAGCCCUUUUUGUCCCUACCAUGUCAACAUAUAGCAAAGUCUCUUCCGGUAAUUCAGUGACUCCAUCAGAUAAUAUAAGCAAGGACUUGUCAUGGCAACUCAACCUACAGAGACUUUGGGAGAAGGUUAUGCAUGGAAAGGAUGGAAUCUCAAGCUUUUAUUAAGGAAAAAUAAAGGAACAGAAACAUCCCUACUAAAGAAGCCAAACCAGAUUAAACUGCGUAAAGUAAUGGGCUCCUACCAAAAGUAUAUGCUGCGACAAUGGAUAAUUACAAAAGUUGUAGAAGACUAACGCUCUUAGUCAAGGAUAAGCAUUAAAGCUGGCAAGAGACUACACCUCUUCCUAGGAUUUCUCAAUUGCUCUAACAAGCCUGAUAUUUAUCUGAAGUCAAAGGCCCUACAAAAGGGCCAAAAGAGCCAGUUUGCCACAAAAUCCAACCCUUCUCUCGUAGUGGCCGAUGCAAAGAGCCUCCGCCUCAUUAUAUUUAUAAUAACUAGAACUUCAAACUAUUUCAAGCCAAACAGACACGUACAAAUUCAACAAAUAAUCACAGACUGAGUGUGGAUGAUGCAGCAAAGUAAUGGCUUACUGUGUGUGAUAGCCUUCUUUGAAGGUUUUGUAUUGCUAUAAAAAUGGUGCAA